CAGUCAGUGUGUGUCGAUGUCAGCAUAGGCUUGUGUCCCCGGUUGUCUCCUUGUGGUUUUUUCCCAGUGCCCUUUUGAUUCUUUGGCUUUUGCUUCUUGCAUUUUUUUGGACUUUUGGAUUUGUUUGAACAUUUUCUUUGUAAGUUUUAGUUGGACUUUAACUUUUCGCUUUUGCUUUAGUUCUUCAGUUCCUUAGUUCUGCAUUCUGGGUCCUUUUUUUCUCUUUGUUUUACCCUGUGCGGUGUGACAGACUCUUGAUGAAUGGUUUUGUGAUGGCUGAACAUGGUGAGACUAGGUGAGUGUUUUAUGAAUGAGUGAAUGAGAACUGUAGAACCCUCUCUGAUGAGCCAUGUAAAAUAAGUUUUGUCACCUGAAUUUGGGUCAAUUAUUCCCCAACUUUAUUGUCAGAAGGUCUCGGUGAUGAUUUCCUUUAGAUCAUAAAUUUGAUGAUCUGUUACUUCAUCACCAUUCUGUUUGUUGCUCUGAGAUACUUCUUUUUUCAGUUUAGAUAGAUAUAGAUACUCUAUUAAUCCCAGAGGGAAAUUGAAAUCAUGAAGUUUGAGGCAGUAUUUACAGAAGCAGUGAUAACCCUUUUCCGUCAUUUAUAUUUACAGUCUCUUUGCAUUGUUCUGGUCACUGACUGUGCAUUUUAUGCAUCAUUUAACUGAAAAUGUCAGUCAUGGUAGAGAUUGCUCGAGUCAGCCAUCUGGUCUCUCAGCUGUCCUUGAAAACUCUUUUUUUUUUUUUUUUUUUCCAGGUGUGCAGGAGCAGAACUUUCAGUCACAACUGUAGUUGUAUUAUUUUUUUCAUUUUGUGUCAUCAUUCUAACAACAGGCAUCACAGUGACCCAGAAACCUAACAGCAAUGCUAAGAUUAAAACUCUGAAUAUAACAGAACAAAAAAAUCCCCUUUAAAACAAAAAGAACAUUUUUAUAAAUGAUGGAAUACAUGUUUUUCAUUUUUAUAAAUAUGCUGUGCAUUCUUUGGGGGUUGAGAAAAACUUGACUGUUAAUGUCUUUACUGGCUCUAAAAUCAUUGCUGUACUCAUUGUUAGUUUGCUGCAUAUUAACAUUCAAACAGUGCAGUGUACUGUAAUUUAUAUUUUUGUGUACAAACUGCACCUUGACAUUUUUUCCUCUAAAAGUAGUGUGUUUUUCUCUAUUAUAAAAUAUAAAAACAACAUCCAUGCAAUGUGAUCACUUUUCUGAACCAGAGCAUGAAUUGUUGGUCCUAAAAAAAACGUGGUGUUGUUGUAUAAAGUAUGUGAUGCAGUUUUUGAAGAAUUACCUUGAUGUUUUGUAUUGUAUUUUUAAUUAUAUGUGAAUGAACUGAUUAAUUGAUUGGUUGAUCUGAGAGCUUAAAGCCCAGCAUGCGAACCAUUCAGAUAAACCAAGAUUUAAAUCUUGUUUCUGUCAGUGUCUUUAAGUUAUUACUGUGACACCAUUUCUUAAAAAAAUCAUUACAGUGAGUGAAGUUGAGCCCAUGAGCUGUUUUGCUUUGGUGUAAAGUCAAAAAAGCAGGAAGUGUGUUGAUUAAAUGUAUAUAUUUCAGGAAUCUAAAGUUAUCAGAUAAAACCACCGAAUACAAGAGUUUCCUGAAAAAAAAACAUGAAUCUGAUCUGUUCGACUCACAGUGUAGAGUUCAACUACACACCUUUUUAAACUCUGGAUAAGUAAAAAAAAAAUACUUGACGAGCACAAGAUAUUUUAAAAUAUGAGUUUAAUUAUUGAUCCACAGGUUGCCAGUGACGUAGAGACAGACAUCAGCAUAUAUCCAUGAUGCGUCUGAUGGAGCUGAUUGUUGACAUGGUACUCAGAUUCAUGUCUCGCAGGUUCCUGUACUCUCCAGGUCUCACAUACAUCAUCCGGCCCCUGAAUCCAGGCUGCUCGAACAUCAGCCAGUGUCCGUCCAUCACAUUACAGGACUGACAGUCUGACAUGAGGAAUCGAUCCUGCAGAGACUCACAGUCGUCCAUCAGCUCCUGCAUCUUUCCUCCAAAGUUCUCCCUCUCGUAGAUCCUCAUCCUGAACUGACCCCUGUGCUGUUAAAAAAAAAACACAAAAACCAUAUCAGACUAUCAGAGCUCACUCUUCUGAGAUCUGAACUAUGUUCCUGAUACCCCUGGUGUUUCAGGUGGUACUCUUACUGUGGGGAUCAUGCGGCAAGAGCGAAUGUUGUCCAUCAGGGAUAUACCCAUCAUGCCCAUCAUGCUUCCCAUACGCUGCAGGUCAGAGUACUCGCCCCUCCUUAGGAACACCUGGUUUCCCAUGAAGUUUGGCCGGUCGUACACUACAAAGCAGCCAUUGUCCACCCUGCAGGAGUUGCAGCGGUUCAGGUGCAUGUGAAUGUCAGAGCAGUCGCUGCUGCACUCAUAAGAGCGACCCUGGAAGUUCCUGUCCUCGUAGAGAAUAAUCUGCAGGGACAGAGAGACAAAGUUUAAGAUGUGAGCUGGGUAAAAAGUUCAGAAACAUUUUAUUCCCAACCUUAUCUGUAUCAUCACACCAAAAACUCAGUCAACUAUGAAAACUACACAUAGCUGUUUACAACAUGAGACCAGUAUGUGUUUGUACCCGGCCCAUGAUGAUGGUUCUGGUUUUUGCACUCAGCACACAGCUCAGGUGCACUUUUAUUAGGUUGAUGAGCCGCAGACCACCUGUCACACCUUUGUGUGAAACAUCAUGAGUCAGCACCAGCUUCACGUGGUGUGCAUUCAUUUUACAGCACACCUGAAUUUUUCUUAUUGUAUGGUGUAAAGUGUAUAGAGGUCACCACAGGUCACUCCAGAGCCAAACCUCAUCACUAUAAACAGAUUCAAAUAUUCUUCUUUCCUUUCCAAUUCUUAGGAUGGAGUCUUUGUCUGUGUGUAAAUGAUGUGUGUUCCCUUAAAGUCGAUUUUCAGCAUCCCCUUAUUUAUUCACUGUUGAGAGACUUGAACAGAGGCAGUAUGAAAGGAUUCCAGCAUUUAAACCCAUAUAUUCAAACAACAAUAACUGCAGCAGAUUCCAACAUACAGUGAGGUCUGCUAUCCUAUAGAGCCGCACACCAACACAAUAUAGACUGAUGACUCAAAGGUUUCAGCACAAGCCAUGUGGAAAUGCCAAGGCUGUGUAAUGUAUAAAAAGGGAAAACAGUGGAUGUAGGAGCUGUACAUCCUAGAUUAGCUCCCAAAUAUCAUGACCAUGGGGAGGGUGAGGGAUGCUUUUUACUUACUUUUGGAAAGAAAAGAGUAAUAAACACUUCAUAUGUUCAUCACAAGAAAAGUCAAAAUCAUCACAAGAUAUUUCUUACACUUCUCAUCUUUAUUGCAGAUCAUAUUCUACGAGGACAGAAACUUCCAAGGCCGCUCCUAUGAGACCAGCAGCGACUGCCCUGAGCUCACCUCUCACCUGAGCAGGUGUAACUCCUGCAGGGUGGAGAGCGGCCUCUUCAUGGUCUACGAGAAGCCAAACUUCUUGGGCCACCAGGUACUGGUGAGGAGGGGGGAGUACCCUGACAACCAGCGACUGAUGGGCACAAGUGUGAGCGACUGCAUCCGGUCCAGCCGCAUGAUCCCCACGGUAGGCCAACCAACGCCGAAACACAGACACCAUAGAUUUUAAACAAUUGGAUUAUAUCAGAUUAAACAUAACUAGAAACAAGACUAUAAACAAGUGUUCAAUUAGAGGAGAUUAUAUCAGAUGUCAAACCUGAGAUCAGGUAACUGUAAACUAAGCAAACAAAAAUAAAUACAAGAGGUUUUUGCAUCACUUGGAGACGUUAAUUGAUAUUCUUGUAGAUGUUGUGAAGGUGGUAUAAUUUUUGUAGGACUUUGUUUGAUUUUGGAGGAUGAGCUUGCUGUUUUCUGCAGGAUUUUCAAAAUAAAGGUGAAGGUUUGAUGGGCAGUCUGACCCAGUCAUAGAGCUCUCUCGUACUAAUUCUUAGUAGAAAUAUAUAUCUAUAUAUUAUUUUGUUAGAAAUUAGUUUAGUUUUUAAUUUUGUAAGUUAGAACAUACAGCUGGACUCUGAUGUUUUUUUGGAAAUUUGAAUUUUGGUUACAUACAAAAGGUUCUCGAUGUUGUUGAGUUUGUGUUAAGUUUAAAAUUCAAGGUUUAGGUUUACUCUAAUGAAAAGGUUCUCCAUGUUGUUGUGUUUGUGUUUGGUUUAAGGUUAAGGUUCAGGUUGAAGUUCUCCAUACUGUCGUUGUGUUUGUGCUUCGCUCAAAGUUUAUGGUUGUAGGAUGCUGCAACUUUCAGUCCUGUUCAAAAGCAAGAGAACAAAUCUGAGUAUCAGGUAAAAGCCAAGCAGUGGUUUUGUUUCCUUGCUGUGGAGGGUAAUGGUGGGUGUGUGGUGGUAUUUAUUUACUGACAGUGAGAUCAAGAGGUGGACUUUGGUUGGAUUCUGGAGUUUUUUUGUUUGAUUCAAAAUCUUACAAAAGCUCUGUACUGUGGGAGAAAACUGUGUUUCCAUACUAGUUGCCAUUUGAUGGCAAUGUGACAUAAUGGAUGUAUUGUUGUUGUGUUUGUGUUUAGUUUAUGGUCUAAGGUUGAGGUUUACUGUCAUCCAAAGGUUCUCCAGCUUUAAUUUGAGUUUUUUACAAAUAAGAUUGUGGUUCUUUCCCUCAGCACCGCGGCCCAUUCAGGAUGAGGAUCUACGAGAGGGAGAACUUUGGAGGCCAGAUGCAUGAGCUGAUCGAUGACUGUGACAGUAUGAUGGAUCGUCUCCGCAUGUCGGACUGCCAGUCUUGUAAUGUGAUGGACGGACACUGGCUGAUGUUCGAACAGCCUGGAUUCAGAGGCCGGAUGUUGUACCUGAGACCAGGAGAGUACAGGAACCUGAGAGAGAUGGGUUUGAACAACAUGACGAGGUUCAGCUCCAUCAGACGUAUCACAGACUCCUGUUAAACCAAAUAUCGCAUUUUUAAAGAAUAAGAGAGAACAAUAAAGAUGAAGCCAAAUAA